AUGUCAAUGAAAUCAUUUAAAAACUUAUUCGAUGCAACAAGUAAGAGAGGACCUGUUGUUGAAGAUAUACCAAAAGGUCUAGAAGGCGAAGAAUAUUUUCAUGGAUUGCUACCACGUGAAGACUGUAAUGAAAUUUUGAGAGAGAUUGGGGACUUCCUUGUGCGUGUAUCUCAACCACGGCCAACAGAUCCACGAGAAGUAAUCAUAUCUGUUCGUAUUUCAAAAGAUCAAUCACCACAAUCGGUGCGUCAUGUUAUUGUGAAAAAGCAAAAGCUUCCAAAAGGAAACAUCGUUUGGAUUGCUAUUGAGGCGAUUAAAUUUACGUCGUUCUUUGAUUUGAUUGAAUAUUACAAGAAAAAAGGCCAUCCAAUUAAUCCUGACCUUGACAAAAGCGUGCUCGUCAAAGGGAUCAAGCGUCAGCCAUGGGAAUUCAGCCAUGAUGACAUCAAGUUAGACAAAGUUCUCGGUGCAGGUGCGUUCGGCGAGGUGCGAUCUGGUGAAGUCAUAAUGAACAAAAAGAAAAUUUCCUGUGCUGUGAAGAUAGUUAGCAUUUGA